AUGUGCCACGAUGAAGACCUUUACGCAGAAAUUGAUGUGGUAUACCGGCGGAUGACAAGUGGAAGACAUCAACAUCUUGCACCGCCAUCGAAAGUAAAUCGUCUUCGCUUCUUUGGUCAUAUAUUAAGGAGACCGGCAGAUCGCCUUGUUCAACGAGUUCUGAGGAGUUCGUCGGGUUCGAGCUGGAAGAAGCCACGUGGCCGAAAACGGAAGUUCUGGACUGAGGUGUUAAAAGAGGACGUGUGGACACUCGGCGUGGAUAGGCAGUUCAGGCGAGACGUAAGGUGUCGCAGAACAUGGAAUAGCGACGAAUGGAUUGAUUCUGUGCAAGCUCUCGCAGAAGAUAAAGAAGGUUGGGCAGAGCUGUGUUCAAGGACGGCACACCUCGGCGAAGAUGCAGGUAAUCGCGUCAGGCGAUGA